CCCGCUCUUAGCCGCAGAGGUUUCCGCAGUGGCGGUCCUCACCGCGACCCUCCGCAGAACCAUGGCGUCCCCCGAGCUCUGCUUCGAGUGCGCUAGACGGAAAAGCAAAUCCUCUAUAUCCCGGUGUACCACCGCCGCUGUGUUCCCCUGCAUCGUAGCCAUGGUCACUCCCCACGCGGCGGCCCGAUUCCCUGGCUCCGCUUGGUACCUCCACGGUCGACAAACUGCCCCCCGCUCCGGCCAGCUUCCCUCACGCAGCCUCCGGUCACAGAUCCGGCUGGGGAAGCACCAGCACGGAGGCGUCGAACUCCUUCGCUCCCGCCCUAUUUCUCCAAGACCAGCACAUCCCCAAUGUCAAUGUCUCGCCGCGGGACAGCCUAGGGCUCUCCUGCCCCCGCCCGAGUCUGGUGUAGAUGAUGAGGCGGCCCAGUCCGGUCAACAUUCCCCUCCUGUUUGGAUUUAUUCCAGCUCCUCUACAAGAUCUAAUCAGCUCAGUACUGAACUUGCAGCGACUGGAUGGUGCCCCUGUUGUGUGGCUGCGAGUUCCGUACAUCUAUGUGGAGAUCGUGGACCGAAGCAAAAAUACCAGUGUCUACUUCUGAUCUGAUUUGGCCAGAAAGCUUUUGGGCGUUUGGUCGUGUUAGAUAAGAUGAACUCUGAAUCUUGCAAGCUGAUACUUCCAAUGGGCUUACGGUUUACUUUAUCUUGCAAUAGCUAUGCCAUAACCACUUAUUCAUCGGAUCACAUUUUACUUGUCGAUCAUGGUAGCCAAGUACUUGUCGAAGAAGUAGCACAAAAGCUUCACAUCAGCAGGAUGGCAACAUUUCGUUUGGUGCUUAGGUUGCACAAGUAUAUAUUUGUCUGAUGGUUGUCAAAUGAGCAGUCGUCCAUGGUGCAGUUCACGCAGGCAACUCAAGAGGAGCGAGCAGCCUACGGCCUUACUGUCAAUGAUGAAUGGGUCUAUUUUUAAUUAAUAAGAUGUACAAAGAAAGUAUAUUCUUUGUUUUGCGUCCAAAUAUUCAAAAGCACAAGAGCAAUAAACAAUAUUUUUCUGCCGAGAAACUAAAGUAGAAAAUCUAAAAAAGAUUCACCUAUGGUGCUUGGUGGUCGUGAGCAAAAUUUUGCUAUCAGCAUUCAACAACCA